AUGAUUGACAGGAAGAAUCUUACUGAUUUGAAGGUCUAUGCCAUUGAUGUUGAUGAGGCUGAUGAGCUUGAUGAUGCUUUGAGUGCAACAAAGUUGCAAGAUGGCCGGAUUAAAGUUUGGAUACAUGUUGCUGAUCCAACUAGAUAUGUACAACCUGGAAGUAUAGUGGACAGAGAGGCUAUGAGAAGAGGAACUUCUGUUUUCUUGCCCACUGCUACAUAUUCUAUGUUUCCUGAAAAUCUUGCCAUGGGGGGCAUGAGUUUGAGACAAGGAGAGCCUUGUAAUGCAGUUACUGUAUCAGCCGUGCUGCAUAAUGAUGGCAGCAUUGCAGAAUAUUCAGUGUUUAACUCGGUAAUCAAACCAACAUACAUGCUGACAUACGAGGGUGCAUCUGAGCUACUCCACUUGAACCUUCAGGAGGAGGGUGAACUCAGAAUUUUGUCUGAGGCUGCAAAACUGCGGUCAAAUUGGCGACGUCAACAGGGUGCAAUUGAGACAGCAACAUUAGAUACUCGAAUUAAAGUAUCUAAUCCUGAGGAUCCAGAGCCAUCACUAAAACUUUAUGUGGAAAACCAGGCAGAUCCUGCUAUGCGAUUAGUCUUUGAGAUGAUGAUACUCUGUGGAGAAGCUAUUGCCGCAUUUGGAUCUAAGAAUGACAUUCCCUUACCAUACAGGGGACAGCCCCAAUCAGAUAUAAAUGUUUCUGAAUUUUCCCAUCUUCCAGAAGGACCCGUCAGGAGCUUCGCACUAGUCAGAGUAAUGCGAGCUGCUGAAAUUGAUUUCAGGAAGCCUGCACGCCAUGGUGUUUUGGGGAUUCCUGGUUAUGUUCAGUUUACAUCUCCCAUCCGUAGAUAUCUGGAUCUUCUUGCACAUUAUCAGGUAAAGGCAUUCCUUAGAGGCGAGCCUCCACCCUUUACAGCUGGUAAGCUUGAAGGGAUUGCAGCUACUGUUAAUGAGAAUGUUAGAACAGUGAGGAAACUCUCAAGCAGCAGUCUUCGAUACUGGAUAUUAGAAUAUUUACGAAGACAACCGAAAGAGAGACCCUAUCGUGCAUUGGUUCUUAGAUUUUUGAAAGAUCGAAUUGCAGCUCUUUUAUUGCUUGAGGUUGGAUUUCAAGCUUCUGCCUGGGUCCCUGUUGGAUCACAGAUAGGGGAUGAAGUAUUAGUCAAAGUGGAAGAAGCGCAUCCACGUGAUGAUAUUCUAUUCCUGAAGGAGGUCGUAAAAGAGUGA